GAAACAAAUGUACAACUAACUGACGAGGGAUGGGAAAGGAAGACUUGGGUUGGUCGGGUGGCUUCCAGAAGCCUGCAGUGUACGUGUUGGCCUGCGACCCUGCGGUGACCUCCGGCGCUACGCUCUGUACAGCACUGCCUCGGCGUCUCCAUCCACGUCGAGCUGGCGUGACAGAAGCCUUCGUACGAAUUCUUAGGCACUCUGCUGGCACCGUAACAAUCCGGUAGACCUCUUACGCUGGUGGAAUGGAGGUGCUGAUUCGGCACGUUUCGAAAAAAGUGGAAGCCGUGCUCGCGAAACCCACUUGUCUGAAUUUAGGAAACCAGUUUACACUGUAGGGUGUGGAACUACUUCACUGACUUCGUCGUUUGCCCCUCAUACGACCAGGAGAGUCAAGGGUGAUGUCGGAGCUGUGAUAGUGCUUACUUUGGUUUAGCCAUGACGUAUCUGUCAUCUAAUAAGCAUCGGAACGUUCUGUGGGGCAAAGAUGCUAUACAAACACGUCCACGCCAAAAGGAGAUACAAAUGUAUAUUUGUGCGAAACUUCCACAACACAUGUUCUGGAAAUGGAGGCAACGAGUUUAAUUCCUAAACUGCUCAACCUAGAAAUAUCUGGGUACACCAUAGCUUGCAACAUUCGGAUAAAAUGGCGACAUGAUUUAUGAUUGUAUUAUGCAGCAUUCUUUACCACGGAGGUGGGUGCUGCAUCUUUUUCUUAAGAAAGAAGACGCAGAUAUCAGUGUGUUCAAAGGAGAGUUAUUCAUACCAAUGAAUUUAGACUCUUACUGUCGUUCAAAAUGGUUCAAAUGGUUCUGAGCACUAUGGGACUUCACAUCAGACGUCAUCAGUCCAAUAGAACCUAGAACUACUUAAACCUAAGGACAUCACACACAUCGAUGUCCGAGGCAUGAUUCUAACCUGUGACCGUAGCAGGCGCACAAUUCCGGAUUGAAGCAACUAGAACCGCUCGGCCACAGUGGCCGGUCAAGUUUAAUCGUGCCUACCCUGAGACAUUCACUGAGGAAACUGAUUUCUGCAUUACAUGUACAUUGCUUCUGAUGUGUCACGGAUCUGAGGAACCUGGGAUAAGGAGGAAGAAAAUUUUUCUCAGAGGUGCCACAAGCUUGGAUUUAAAUAUAACUCCUGUAACUUUAGUGCUGAAAGAAGUUUGUUGCUUUCCCAUUAUUUUGCUAUGACAUAAAUAAACCAUCUUUUGACUGAGAACGAUAACAUUUUUAGAAGGUGAAAGCAGUCUAUCGUAGCACCACGCUGGUAGUUACAAAGCUUAGGUGAUCACGAAGCAGUACGGACUCUUGUCAUUUUAAGGAAACUGGUGACCUAAUUGAUAUAGGGUGGACAACACUUUCACAGCUGCUGUUUCGUACAGGUAUGCAUGCGCUUCGUACAAGUGUUGAGGGUGCAGUGUGAGGGCUGCUCAGUGUCACUGUGUUCCAGGACCACCCACCAUGUCGGCAGUUACAGAGGUUCAGAACACCACAACCGAGGCCCUGGCUGCCCUGCUAGACGGGGGUGACGGCUCCCUGGUGACGCUGGUGGCGGGCGAGACGAGGGUGGCGGCUCACAGGGCCGUGUUGGCAGCCGCGAGCCCCGUAUUCGAAGCGAUGUUCGCGCACGACAUGCUGGAUGCCAGCUGUGGCCAGGUGAGCAUCGACGACGUGGAGGGCCCGGUGCUGAGGCUCCUGGUGGCCUACGCGUAUACCCUGCGGGCCCCCCAGCUGCCCGACACGGCCUCCCAGCUGCUGGCGGCGGCCGUGAAGUACGGCUUGUCGGGCCUGAAGGCUGCCUGCGAGCGGCAGCUGAUCUCGCAGUUGGCCGUCGAGACCGCAGCGGCGACGGCCGUCACGGCAGUGAGGCACUCGUGCCCGGACGCCACCAGGGCUGCCGUCGCCUUCAUAAAGGACCACCUGCAGGUGAUGGCCACUCCGGACUGGGCGGACGCUGUGCUCGAGUACCCGCAAGAAGUCAACGAAGUCGUCCGUCUGCUCAGUGAGCCACCAGCAGAAGCCAGCUCGCCGACCGCCACAGGGGGCGGGUCCACCCCCAACUCUGACCGUCAACCCCACAGCGGCCACAGCCGGACUCCUGCUGCAGCUGCGCCUCCCACGUCUGCCCGACACACCCCUCCACCUGAUGACGCAGCCGUCUCUCGCUUCCGGAGCCUUUCUGAGGAGGAGCGAGGCAGGAGGCUGAGAAAGGCGGCUAUGAAGGGGGCGGUGGAGGAGGUGCGGCUGUUGGUGGCGGCUGGGGCGGACGUGGGGGCGAGGGGCGGGGACGGGGAGACCGCCCUGCACAGGGCUGCACGGAGAGGGCACGCGGCUGUGGUGCGGCUGCUGCUCUCUGCGGCGUCCGACCCCAAUGCCAGGGAUCUGCAGGGGGAGACGCCGCUGCACGUCGCGGCGCUGAGUGGCCACGCAGAAGCAGCGGCUGCGUUGCUGCAGGCCGGAGCCGACAGGGGGGCGGCGGAUGAAGCUGGGGACACCCCCCUGGACGACGCCAGGCUGUGCAACCAUCAGCAGCUCGUCGAGAUGCUAACAGAGCGUUAA